GAAAUGCCUGAUAUGAAGAAUUAAACUUAAACCAGUUUAAUUUUUAAUAAAUUUAUUUCGUUAAUUAUUUGAAUUUUAUGCCUGUUUCAGGGACGACCUUUUGGUGACCAAGACGCCAAGCGGGAGCCGAUCUCUCACCCCUAGUUCGAGGAAAAGUGUGCACCAUCGUAAGGGUAGUUCGUCUCGAGUCGCAGCUGCAACGACGAGGGAAUUAGCGAAGGUGGCGCCAUCACAGAACAAGGUUCAGGAAAAGAGCUUCAAGGAAAAAAAAACCAACAAUGCGGAAACGGAAAAACUCAAGCUUCAAAAAGAAAUCCAAACAAUACUCAAAAACUGCGCCCAACUGCAGAAGGAGAUUUCCGACCUCAAGAAACAGGAGGAACGCGACAACGCUGCCAUAGCCGAAAUGGCGCGCGUCAUGGAUGAAUGUGAGGUCAUGAUCCUCCAGUCGAAUGGUAAGUUCAUAGGUCUCUAA